AUGGCUGGCCUGAACGUCUCCGUUGCUUUUUUUUUCCUGGUUGUCGGGGUGUGCGAGGCGCUCAGGCGGAUCUCAAAGAGGCUUCUGUCUCCUGGAGCAUAUGGCUGCCUUGCCAGAGAACUUGCUGGCUCCUUACAGUUGUGCACGAGCUGCCUUGAGCUGAGGAUGCUGGUGGAGAUCGGCCCGUGGGGUGGUGGCUUUGGCCCAGAUGUGGUCCUGACUCUGUUCUUCUUCCUCUUCGCGAUUCACGGCGCCUCUUUCGAUGGGGCAUCUGCCAACCCGACCGUCUCUCUCCAGGAGUUCCUGCUCCGCGAGUCCAACCUCGCCGCAACUGCUGCCAAGCUGCUGGCCCAGGGUGCGGGCACGGGGGUGGGCUGGGCUGUCACCAAGCUCUACUGGUCCUGGGAGCUGACGCCUUUCCACCUCAUCCAAAACCUGAUAGCGUCGGAGUGCAGCUCCUCCAUCCGCACGUCUCCGUGCCAUGCCGCCUUUGUGGAAGGCACCUGCUCGUUCCUUUUCCACCUGGUCCUUUACAAGUUGCACCAGAGCCACCCCAUGUACCGGGUCCCUGCCCUGGCAGCAGCCGUCACCUUCCUGACCUACACAGCCGGGCCGUUCACGGGGGCCUUCUUCACCUUCCGCUGCUCGGGGAGCAGCUUUUGGGACUACGUCCAGGUCUACUGGCUGGGGCCCUUCGCAGGGAUGCUCGCCGCCCUCUUGCUGCACCGCGGCAACAUCCCGCGGCUCUUCCAGAAAAACCUCCUCUACAGCCGGAAGAGCAAGUACAAGGUACCCAAGGCAAGGGCGGCGGCGCGCGCGGGGGGUGACGAACUGCGGCGGCAGAGGAAAGGGGAGAAGAGCAGCGCCGAGCCUCGCGCCUGA